GUUUGGAGUAACAUCCUGCGUUUCUCCUUCUUCCAGCCGCGGGCUACAGAAACGCGUGACUCUCCUCCGCCGCUGCCGCCGCCGCCGCCGCUACACGGUAAACGUCCCCCGGCUCCCUCCGGCCCCGGUGUCCCCCUCCUCGGCCGCCCCGCGUCCUUCUCCUCCCGGCAGCGCUCCGUUAAAGCGGGCACCGUGUUUUCGUAAGCGUCGCUGGAGCGGAGAGUAAAGGUCGCGGUGAAAGUUGACAAAGUGGGAGCUGCAGGGAAAACACGCGAUCCGUGACUCGACCAAUCAUGAAUUUCUUCCUGGACACACUGCGCGUCAUCCUGUUGUCCUUCUGGUACAACAUCGAGGCGUUCAUCCACCUGUUCGUGCCCCGGAGGAGGAAGAGCGUGGCGGGGGAGGUGGUCCUGAUCACGGGGGCGGGCAGCGGCAUCGGCCGCCUCAUGGCUCAGGAGUUUGCGGCUCUGGGCACGGUGCUGGUGCUGUGGGAUAUCAACCAGGAGGGCAUGAAGGAAACGGCUCAGCUGGCCAAGGAGUGCGGCGCCAUUAAGGUCCGCUUCUACCUGUGUGACUGCAGCAACAAGAACGAGGUUUACCGAGUGGCCGACCAGGUGAAGCGGGAAGUGGGCGACGUGGACAUCCUGGUGAACAACGCUGGCAUCGUGACGGGGAAGAAGUUCAUCGACGCUCCGGAUUCGCUGAUCGAGAAGACGAUGGAGGUCAACACCAUGGCUCACUUCUGGACCUACAAGGCCUUCCUCCCUGCGAUGAUCGCCAAAAACCACGGCCACCUGGUGAGCAUUGCCAGCAGUGCUGGACUGAUCGGAGUCAAUGGAUUAGCAGACUACUGUGCCAGCAAGUUUGGCGCCGUUGGUUUUGCGGAGUCGGUGGGUCUGGAGCUGCUGGCGAUCGGAAAGGACGGCGUGAAAACCACCAUCGUGUGCCCAUACUUCAUUAACACGGGAAUGUUCGAUGGAUGCCAAACAAAGUGGCCGACGCUGAUGCCCAUCCUGAAACCUCACAGCGUCGCCAAGAACAUCGUCCAGGCCGUGCUCACGGACCAGGUCUACCUGCUGAUGCCCAAGAGCAUGUACAUCAUAUCGGCGCUGAAAAACAUCCUCCCCAUGAAGCAGGGCAUUCUGCUGGGCCAGUACCUGGGAGCCUUCAACCUCAUGGACACGUUCAGGGGACGCUCCAAGCAGGAGUAGGCCAGAGACGUCAGCUUUUAAUGUGAUUUUAAUGUUAAUCCUGUCGUUGAUUGGUAAUAUGGAUUAAUCGAUUAUAUUCCGGCAGAGCGGUGCUUUAUGCUUCUCUGUGUCAGGCUGUUUAAUGCACAUCCUGGAUGAGCUUCAUCACGACAGAGACAGCGGUGAAGAGGAAAAUUGAUGUUUAUUAGCUGCAGUUGGCGGACCAUUGCUGAUGGAUUGUGGGAUUUAUUUUGUACCAUUCCAGUGAUCAAUGCAACGCUCUUGUUGAUCUUUCCACAAAUUUCCCAGCCAUUCCAGACGUCCACUCAUGAGCCAAAACCCCUCCGAAUUAAUUUUUUCCGUGAACACUGCUAAAACAACAACGUGCUGUGUGUGCGCACACACAUUCUGAAGCACCUUCCAGUGAAAUUGAUCACUCAUGGACUAUAUUUUCGUCCACUGAUUGGCAGAUCAUCACUAUAUACACUAAAUACUAAAUGACAGUAGAGUGAAAAUACAUAAGAUAAAGGCUGUGAAGAAAAAAAAACAAAUGCAAUGAAAUAGCUCCAUGACACAGCUGAUAAAAGUAACUUUUUUUAACUUGUCAUUUCAAAUGCCAUAUGGAUAAAGGCCCGGAUUACAUGGCGUUUCACGUGAAAAAGCAUCAUUUUUGUGUUUUCAGUUCAGUAAAGCUCUGCAAUUUAGACAAUGUUUCUUUACGAAACACUGAAAAUGAAGCAGUUAGCAUGCCAGACCACGAGGUGGCGCUGUUGGUUGUUUUUGUAAUGAAACCACAGGCGCGUGCAGAGAACAAUACACUAUAAACAUGGACAAUGGACAUUCACAUGAACUGGAGACCAAGUUGGAUUGUUAUUACAUUGACUCCCGGCUAUAAAACUACCAAGAGAAUCUGGACUCUGGAGGCAAAAGUUGUUAUUGCUAUUUUGUAAAAGUCAUUCCACCAUUGUCGUGUAAGCAGACAACCAAAGCACAAUGAGAUGCUUCCAUUUUCACUUGAAGCUGUUGUCAUGUAAACGAGUCCCGAAUGAAGCCAUUGCUCUUACAUUCCUUAGGGUGCUGCGAGUUUUUAUUUUUUCUCUCCUUCUAAAUGCUGAUUGCCUGCAGCACAGCAGAGAACGGAGGGCCAAAGCAUUUAAAGCUAAAGCUAACUGACAUCUAACCAGUAUCAGCAGAGGGGUUACGUGGCACAGCGCCUGAUCGACUCAGAUCUUUAUAACGCAUGCUAACUGGAGUUUGGGGCUUUUUGCAGCAGAUCCCCCAUGAGCACAAAACGAAAGGUGACGCUAUGAUGUUGGACAUGGUGGUGCAGGAAGUCAUCACAUCGGAACAAAAAGCACAGUGUAUAGGUUGAUCAGUUGAUGGAAAAUAAAAAUAUUGUAUAAGAAAGUCUGCAGAUAGAAGUUGUGGGGAGCCAGCUGAGGAAAUUAAAAAAAAAAAAGUAGCUACUUGGUGACACCGAGUACCGAUACGAGCGCUUAUGAAACGCCAUAAAGCCUGAAUCAUACUCUAUAUGCAAACAAUGUGUGAAGGCUAUUUGUUGCCAUGAACUACGUCAGCACAACCGAGAAUUUUCAUUAUAAAAAUGCGGGUGUUAAGUGUGCAACAUGUUGCCUCUGCUCCAGCCGUCAGUGUUACUUUACCACUCAGGAAUGCCGUCAGCCAUUUCUUCCUCCAUGUUGAAUGAGGACAGACGAGCUGCUAUCGGGACUCAUCACCACAAAGUCACAUUUCUAAUCCGAUCCACUUGUUUCUUCACAUCCGUCCCAUCCAGUAUGUUAGCUUCUUUUUUUUAAUUUUUUAUUGGUACGAAUGGUAGAUUUUUAAUGCAGUGCAACAUAAACUGAGGAGGAACGAGACCUGAAACCUGUCUAAAGUUUCAUCUUGUGUCGUCGUGUUGUGUAGCAGAUGGUUCCGUCCAUUUCGAGCUCAGGUUGUCUUCACACCUUCUCUCCUCGUCUUGAAAACAUUUCCUCAACAUUGUUUUUGCCAGUGCCCAAGAUUUCAUCAAGAAUUAAAACCGUGUCAAAUUGAGCUGAUUAUUGAAUGUCAGAAAAAAUGGUGACCUGAAGUAAUUUCAUGUUUCUAUUUGUCAUAUUUUUAUUUUCACAAUUUAUGUCAUUUAUGAAACCUGUUUACUCCAUGCAAUGUAAAUAAAUAUGUAUGACAUGUA